AUGAGGAAUUUGAGUAUUACUGAAUGGGCAGCUCCAAUUGUGUGGCAUGACAGUUAUGACCAGUCAGUCUUGGAAAAAUAUUAUGCACACCGGAACAUUACCGUGGGGCUGACUGUAUUUGCUGUAGGAAGAUACCUUCAGUACUAUUUGGGAAGAUUUUUAUUAUCUGCUGAUAAGUUCUUUAUGACUGACCAGAGAGUCAUCAUUUAUAUCAUGACAGACAACUUUUCUAGAAUACCCUGGGUAUCUCUGAAUCGUCACCAUACAUUCAAAGUUUUUCAGAUUAAGCAAGAGAAGAGAUGGCAAGAUGUCAGUAUGAUGCGCAUGAAGACCAUCGGAGAACACAUCGUGGAUCACAUCCAACAUGAAGUUGACUUCCUCUUCUGCAUGGAUGUGGACCAAGUCUUCAGAAACAGAUAUGGUGUGGAAACCCUAGGAGAGUCAGUAGCUCAAUUGCACAGCUUUUGGUAUCAGGAAUAUCCUGACUUGUUUCCUUACGAGAGAAAUGCGUCAUCAGAAGCUGAUAUACCCCGUGGUCAGGGAGACUUUUAUUAUCACGCUGCUGUUUUUGGUGGCACUCCGGCCCAGGUUCUCAGGAUUGUCAGGGAGUGCGCCAAAGGAAUCAUGAAUGACAAGAAAAAUAACUUUGAAGCAGUGCGGCAUGAUGAAAGCCACUUAAACAAGUAUUUCUUUCUCCAUAAACCCACUAACAUCUCAUCACCAGAAUACUGCCGGGCUUCCCCUCUUGGAAGGCCUUCCUGUAUUAAAAGUGUCAGACUUUCUUGGAACUUUAAGAAUUAUGAACUUCUUAGAGGAAAGCAGUAA